AUGUCCAACGCAUCUGCGGCCACCAACGGAGCGCCGACGUUCUUCGCUGUCGGAGACAAGCGCGAAUUUGACCCAGAGAACUGGACCCCGAAGUCAAAUGGCAACUCGAACAACAACAACAACACGGCUAACAAACACGGAGAAGCCUUUGAAUUGCCAGAGCGUGAUACAGAUACUGGAAUCAAGGUUCUCAUCAUCGGUGCCGGGUUCGCCGGGCUGACCGCCGCACUAGAGUGCUGGAGGAAGGGCCACGAAGUGGUCGGCAUCCUAGAACGCAAUGAAGGGCCCAACUAUAGUGGUGACCUCAUCAUCAUCCAGCCCUCUGCACUGGAGAUGAUGCGGUACUGGCCGCAGAUGCGCCGCGACCUGCAGCACGACAAGGUCGUGGCCGGUACCUACUACUACCGCCACGACGGCGAGCUCAUCGACGGGCCUUCUGUCCCCAACUUCAAUGCCCCGGAGUUCGUGGCCGAGCGCGCCAAGAGACACCCCGAAGGGUUCCCCGAGGCCGGGGCCGUGCAGAUCCGCAGAAAGUUCUACCGCAUGCUGCUCAAGCAGGUCGCGUGCCUGGGCCUCAGAGUCGAGUACGGCCAGCGCGUCGAACGGUACUAUGAGGAUGACGACGCAGGGGAGGCAGGCGUCGUGCUGGCAGACGGCUCGUCCCGCGCAGCCCACGUCGCUAACCCAUGCCUCCCCCUCCAACCAGUCGUGGCAGCCGACGGCAUUCGCUCGCGCUCGGAGCAAUUGAUGUCGGGCAAAAGCGACUCGGGCAUGGAGCCCAGCGGGAUGUCGGUCUACCGCACCGCGUUCCCGCUCGAGUACGCCCUCAGGGACGAAAUGGUCCGCGCGCGCUGGCAGGGCCGCCACACGUACGAGUUCUGGAUGGGCUCGGGCAUGCACAUCGGGCUGUACAUGUCGGACGAAGUGGCCGCGCUGGGCAUCACCCCGCGCGACGAGUUCCUGGACCCCGACAAGCUCCCGCGCAGCGAGAACUGGGACCCCGAGGUCGACCCCGACGAGGUCAUCGCCGUCAUGCGCCGGGCCAUGGCGUCCGCCGCCGACAAGUCCGACUCUGCGUGGCACCCGGUGCUCGAGGCCCUGGUCCGCACCGCCCCGAAGGGCAGCCUGAUCCACUGGCCCCUGCUCUGGCGCAACCUCAAGAGCGACUGGGUCUCGGAGAAGACGGGGCGAAUCGUCCAGAUCGGGGAUUCGGCGCAUUCCACCGUCCCCGCGUCUGCCGCCGGCGGGACCCUGGCUCUCGAGGACGCCGUCACGCUGGCCACAUGUCUCCGACUCGCGGGCGUCGGCGACGUAGCCCUCGCCAACCGGGUCUACAACCUGCUGCGGUACGAGAGGGCGAGCUGCACCCAGAAGGUGGCUUUUGUGAACGCCCAGACGCUGGGCCACACCACUGACUGGGACGCCCUGCGCAAGAAUCCGGAGAAGGCUCGCAUUCGGUACCCUAAAUGGCUGUUCCGCCACGACCCGGAGGCGUAUGUUUCGGAGAAGUGGUCUGAGGCCUCGGAGCAUCUGAAGAAGGGGACCAAGUUCCAGAAUACAAACAUUCCGCCUGGUCAUACUUUCAGUCACUGGACCAUUCAGGACAUCCACAAGCAGAUUGCAGAGGGGAAAAGAGUUCAGGAUCUUCUUGACGGUGAUUGGUCUUGA